GUCAUUGCGUGCGGCACCCUGCCCACUUCCCCCCAGGAUUAUUCCCCACGAGGCCCUGUGGCGCAACCCCUCCGCCAACCCGGGUGACUACUUCAACUACGACAUGAACGAAACCUCUUGGCGCCACUACUGCGCCCGCAUCCGGACCUACCGGGACACAUUCACCUACCGCAACAAGAUCGCCGUCCUAGACCCGGCGGCACUCGCGGCGGCGGCGGCAGCAGCGGGAGGAGGAGGCGCGGGGCGAGGUGGCGGGGCCGCCAGCAGCGAUGGGAUCGACCCGACGUUGCCGGCGGAGGUGAUUGCCGCCCUGAAGGCGGCGGCACGCAGCCGCAACAGGGACCUCGCGUUUGGCGGCCCCGAGGGAGCUGAGG